AAUUGAACCAUCCAUUGUUGGCACCGAGGGACCACUUCACUAGGACAAGGUGACGACGUGGGAGGGGGAGUAUCCAAUAGCAACAGUGAUUGGCGUUCGGUAUAAAUAUGGACGUUUCUGUGAACACGGACAAGACGGAGAAGCAGGAAAAGUCCAGUGAGAGUCAGAUCUCGGUUCAAGACGUGACAAUGGCAACACGGGUGCUCUCUCUCCUCUGUGCCUUCGCGGUUCUCUCGCUUUCCUCUGCGUGUUACAUCCAGAACUGCCCCAGAGGAGGGAAGCGUUCAUUUCCGGACGCCGCCCUCAGGCAGUGUAUGGCGUGCGGUCCUGGAGAUAAGGGCCGGUGUUUCGGUCCCGGUAUCUGCUGCGGGGAAGGACUGGGCUGCGUGAUCGGAGCUUCGGUGACGGCUCGCUGUAUGGAGGAAGAAUACCUGUCCUCGCCGUGUGAGGCUGGAGGAAAGCCGUGCGGACCUGACGAGGGUCGCUGCGCCGCACCCGGGGUUUGCUGCGACUCGGACGGCUGUACGCUGGAUUCAGACUGCGUGGACGGGAGUGAACAUGAAGACGUGGCUGAAAGGAAGAGCUUCCUGGGCGGGUCACGGGGAGAGCUGCUGUUGCACAUCCUCCAUCCUGACAGGGCACGCAGUGCAUACUAA